UACAUCGCAGAUUUGUCAUUUCUAACAUUAUUUGAAUCAAUUCGCACCAUGUCACCAUUUGGAUAACCCGGUCAAAAUUUAAUAAGUAACAAUUUGCCAUCAUGUUAUGUGUGUGUGUGUGUGUAUUAAGUCCCAUUAUUCAUAUAUAUAACACAACAAAACAGCAAGAAUGAUUGCGGCAACUUAUAAUUGUGGCUGUCCAUCAAAACGGCUAGUAAGCCCAGUGAUCUCUGCAUCGAAAGAAAGCAUGAACAAGCAGUUUCUGAGCAGAAGCAAAUCAAAGAUGAAAAACCUUGAAAUAUGCGACAAGGAGCAAAAACCAACUGACACAGUUGUAUCUGAGAUUGUUAGAAAGCAACAGCCGCACAAAGAGAUCGAAGCUAUCUUCAAUGACAAUCGUGUCAUCAUCAGGAUAAAUAAGGAGACGAUCAGAGAGGAGUACGAUCCCGUAUGUGAAUGCAUUGGUCAAGUAGUUUCAAAAGAGUCGGCGUUGAGCCAAAGAAAGUGCGAUGACGGUUUUGUAUUCGAUAUGGCUCCUGGAAAUUUAGAACUCUGUCAUACUCCUCGAGAUGCGUCCGUGCCAUCGACAAAGAAAACCUGCGAGGAGGUAGGAUGUCGCACAGUCACGUUGUAUCCAAACGUAAAAGGCGAUAUCAAGAGUGCUCCUUAUCGUAUGGAGAACAGGGAAGUUAAAAAGUCAAAGAUGGUAAAACCAAUCGAUCUUGAAGAAAAUCCAAAUAUAUUCUUGUUGAGAAUUAGGAAACGCUGCGAGAGUGGCGAUAAAAGACAGACAAUCGAUUUUGAAUUCCGAGCACCGCGUCCAUGGCUACCAACGAAGAAGAAGGAUCUUCUUAAACCUGAGACAUUAGAGGAACAUGAAGAUGCUGUCAAGGAACAUGAAGAUGGUAUUGACAAGAAAUAUGAAGAUAUCGACAAGGAACAUAAAGAUGAGCAUAAAGAUGAGGAGCAUAAAGAUGAGAAGGAGCAUAAAGAUGACAUUGACGAAAUAAUUGAUGCUCGCAAGCAGAAUAACGAAUAAAAAAUAUUAAUUUUACAAUAAAAUACCAAAAUACU